CCCAAGGUGGCUAAGCUCCAAGAAAUCAAUCAGCAGCUCUCACUAAUCUCCUUCCCCUAGCUUGGCUGGCCUGUCAGAUUGAUCUGUGUUCAAUUGUGCAGUCUCAUCGUCGAUCCUCGGAAGUGCUCAGAAUUCGAUCUGCUUACCUUUACCUAAAUGGAUCUCGCGACGACGCCGGCGCGGCGGCCCAUGGAGCCCGGGCUGGCGCGACGGCUGUGGCACGUGGUGCUCGCCGUGUGCCACAUGCUGCGCCGCGGCCUCUCCCGCAAGCGCAUCAUGAUGGACGUCCACCUCCUCCUCGGCCGCGGCAAGCUCGCCGGCAGGGCGCUGCGCGGCCUCCUCGCCCACCCGGCAGGCCACGGCCACGGCCACCUCGCCGCCUACGGCGCGUCCCGCGCGUCCUCCUCCUCGCUGGCAUCGUUCUACGGCCACCCCCGGGAGGUGGAGUUCAGCUGCACCACCACGCCGUCGUACCCGCAGCACUACGGGCUCUUCCCCUUCAAGGGCCGCCGGGGCGGCGCGCGCGGCGAGUACGGCGGCCUGGACGCGGCGGCCGUGGCGCGGGCGUUCGAGAUGCUGAGCGCCGAGGUGGAGGCUGGCGGGGGCACGCCUGCCGUGUCGGCGGCCGGAGGGGUGGCCACCGCGACGCCGUCGCCCAUGGUGGCGUGGAUCCUGGGCCGCAGCCCCGCGGGGGUCCGGCCGCUGCGCGUCACCGACUCGCCGUUCCCCGCCGUGCCGGAGGACGGGUGCUGCAACGAGCGCGUGGACGCCGAGGCCGACGACUUCAUCCGCAAGUUCUACGAGCAGCUGAGGCUGCAGCCCUCCGCCGCCACGCCUGACUACGGCCACCUGCGCCGCCGCGGCUAGGUAGAAAGCUAGACCUGCUCGGCCGGCGUUUGGUUGGGAUCCGUGACGUGCGCGUGUCGCGUCUCGUGUUGUCCGUGGUCGCAUGCAUGCAUGAGCGAUGGCGACGCCCCGGCCGUGACGAGAACAUGCUUGGCCCGGUGCGCGAAUCACUUGUUUCUACCACGAUGAUAUAUCCAUCCACAUCUGCGUCGUGUUCCGAUUGUUGGUUUAGUUUGAUCAUCAUCCAUUUGAGGCAAAUUUAUUGAAGAAUUCGAGUGGCCAUGGCGAAGCCGAUCUUGCGCGUUGUUCAUGCAUCAA